UGUUUUGUUUCAGGUAAAUAUCUAAUAAUGAAGGCGUUGCUAUUUUGUAUUUGUAUGUAUCUGGUACUGGAGGCUUGUUUAGCAAAACCACCAGGAAAGAAAGAAGACGGGAAAAAAAUGUCGGCAAAAGGUCAUAAGAACUACGAAGCGAUGAUGAAAGAUAUGACACAGUAUGGCUUCCAGCCAGGUAUGAUCGGGUCACCAUAUUUCGAUCCAUCAUUUUUUGGAGCUGAAGAUCAUCAAAUUAAACCACAGAAGUCUGCAAACCGACGCAAGACCAAACGUUCCUCAAAAUCCAAACAUCAAACGAAACGGAAUGCUCAGAAAUCAAAUUAGAAUGUGUUAAUGUGUUGUUUUUUUUCUGUCCCUCACUAUUGGCUUCAUCUGAAUUUAUAUGUAUACUUAUAAAUUCGUUUAAAAUUGUUAUAAUUAUGUUUAAUUUUGAUGAUUGGAAGUUUUCCAUGAUGGACAUAAAUUAUAUAAUGCUGCCCUUCUUCAUUUAUAAGUUAUUCAAAAACUAGUGUGUUUAUAAUUGUUAUUUCUUUUGUUUGGUGUGUUGUUAUUAUUGUUUUUUUUAAAUACUCAUACAAGGUUUGAUCUAUGAAAUCAUGAAUAUUGCAUUUUAGUAAAUGACGUGUAAAAAAUCUAGAUACCAAUACAUUAUCAGAAGACUAACGUAUGAGAAAUCGCAGUUACGGCCCUUGAUAUUCUACUUGCGUAAUGAUGCGUCAUAGUCAUAGUCCUGGCAAUGGCUGUGAAAUGUAAAUUUAGAAAUAUAUGGCUAAAAUAGUGAAAAUAAAUCUAUACGAACACUUACAUUUAUGCUUUAAUAAACACUGUCAUGGUAAAAAGUUGAAACAUACGACUAGUUGACCUAGUCAAACUGUUCUAGCGCGCGAACAUGUCCUCAUAUAAUGUUGAAUAUUGAACAGCUUAUUGAAAUUCCACCAGCUAAAGAUAGAUCUUAUGGUGCGGACAAGCUGUUUAAGACCAUUCUUUAAAGUAAGACCUUGACCUUUGACCUAGCCACACGGUUCUUGCGCACGACACGCCGUCUCAUUAGUUAAGUUAUUUGAAAUUAUGCCAACUUAUGAGAGAGUUACGACCCGGGCAUCCAUAAUCUGGACUAACGGAUGGACGGAUAGACGGACAUAAUGUAUACACCGAACCGCCAUUGUGACAACUAUAUCAAGCUCUCCGCAAGCGGGCUUGACAGAAAAAAAAAAAGAAUAAACUCGCUAAAAACACAUGUAUAUGUAUUCACAGUAAAUAUUUCGUGUUAAAGUAUUCUGUUUAUAUAUACAUGUAUAUUAAGUUGUGAAGUAUUGUUACUAAUGUUAAAAAACUAACAUGGUUAUUAGAAAUUUUAAGUUUUGAUCUUGAAGCGAAAGAUUCUAUCUGUUAGGUCGCCGGAAUGUUUAUUAUUUUUUUAUGUUUAUUUUUGAAGUCACUAUUCUUUUUUAUUUUUUUAUUUAAGUGUUGUUAUUUAUCUAUAAAAUUCACCUGAUCUUCAAUCUCAUGUAAAACAUGUAUAUCUGUUUUUUUCUGUAAAUUGAUAAAUGAAAUAUAAUAUCAUUCUUUGAAAGUAUUCCUGUCUUUGUUAGUAAUAUUAUAUG